AUGAGGUUUCAUUAAAACUAAUAGAUGGUUAUACAUCCAGAAAAUUUAUAACAAAUAAAUCUAUAAUUAAAGAUAUUGGAACUGUAAGAUUCAUCCUUAUAACUAGCCUUUUUAUGUUGCCCCAGAAGUAUUUGAAUCAUCAAUAUGAUCAAAAAUGUGAUUUUUAUUCCUUAAGAAUCAUACUCCAUGCGUUAUUAUUUGGAAAUCCAUCAUUUGCUGGGAGGACUUUUCAUUAAGAAUUAGAGAGAAUUAAAAAGGUGUCUUUAUUUUUGAGAGUAUUAUAUUGAUUAAAUUUAUUUCAUAAUAGGUUGAGAUAAGGAGGAUAUCUAUAAAGAAUCUAAAUCAUUUAUAUCAAAACUCUUAAUAGUUGAUCUUAAAAGGAGAUUAUCGGCAAAAGAAGCAUUGGAUGAUCGUUGGUUAGAAAAACACAAUCUUACAACAUAAUUAAAUGUAAGGGUGUUAGAAAAUAUUAUAUAAAUUCAAGUAAAUAAUAAUACAUAAACCAUAAAAAAAACUUCGAUAAGCAUUAAUGUCAUAGAGUAGUCAAUAUAAAAAGAAAUUCAAGAUAUUCAAAAUGAAUUCACAAAGUUAAAUUUAAAUCAUGAUGGAAUACCUUAUUAGGAUGGGUUAUUAAGGGUUAUUCUAAUUGAAAUUAGAUACUAAAGUAAUUAAGGGUAUUGUAAAAAUUAUUGAUUUAAUUGAUGUAUAUCUGGACUGA